AUGCCCUCCUCUGUCAGGGCAGGAAGUCUGAAGGACCCUGAGGUGGCAGACCUGUUCUUUAAAGAAGACCCAGAGAAGCUCUUCUCUGACCUCCGGGAGAUCGGCCAUGGCAGCUUCGGCGCCGUUUACUUUGCACGAGAUGUGCGCACCAACGAGGUGGUGGCCAUCAAGAAAAUGUCUUACAGCGGGAAACAGUCCAAUGAGAAAUGGCAGGACAUCAUAAAGGAGGUGAAGUUCUUGCAGAAGAUCCGUCAUCCGAACAGCAUCGAGUACAAAGGCUGCUACCUGCGAGAACACACCGCAUGGCUCGCCAUGGAGUACUGCCUCGGCUCGGCCUCAGAUCUGUUAGAAGUUCAUAAAAAGCCGCUGCAGGAAGUAGAAAUUGCGGCCAUAACUCACGGCGCUCUGCAGGGCCUCGCCUACCUUCAUUCCCACAACAUGAUCCACAGAGAUGUGAAGGCUGGCAACGUCCUGCUGACAGAACCGGGGCUGGUCAAACUGGCAGACUUUGGCUCCGCCUCCAUCGCCUCACCUGCCAACUCCUUUGUGGGGACGCCAUAUUGGAUGGCCCCAGAAGUGAUUUUAGCCAUGGACGAAGGGCAGUACGACGGCAAGGUGGACGUCUGGUCACUGGGGAUCACCUGUAUAGAGUUGGCUGAACGAAAACCUCCCCUGUUUAACAUGAACGCUAUGAGUGCCUUAUACCAUAUAGCGCAGAAUGAGAGCCCCACACUGCAGUCCAGCGAAUGGUGA